UCGGCUGUUUUCGGAGGAAGUCGGAAGUGUUCGUCAUCGACCUCUUUCACUGCGGCUUCAGGCGGACGAACCCGCGGCUCUCAUCCGAUCCCUGAGCGCGGACUGUCGGAUCGUUCAUCCCAGCAGCACCGCUUCCUGAUCGCGUCCAGCUCCAGUCCAAAUGCAGGCCAUAAAAUGUGUGGUGGUCGGAGACGGGGCUGUGGGGAAGACCUGUCUGCUGAUCAGCUACACCACCAACGCCUUCCCUGGAGAAUACAUCCCCACUGUCUUCGAUAACUACUCUGCCAAUGUCAUGGUGGAUGGCAAACCGGUGAACCUGGGCCUCUGGGACACGGCCGGACAGGAGGACUACGACCGACUCCGCCCCUUGUCUUACCCACAGACGGAUGUGUUCUUGAUAUGCUUCUCCCUGGUCAGUCCGGCCUCCUUUGAGAACGUCCGAGCUAAGUGGUACCCAGAGGUCAGACACCACUGCCCCAACACACCCAUCAUCUUAGUGGGGACCAAGUUGGACCUUCGAGAUGACAAGGACACAAUCGAAAGGCUGCGGGACAAGAAGCUGUCCCCCAUCACCUAUCCUCAGGGCCUGGCUAUGGCCAGGGAGAUCGGUGGGAGCUGUGAAGUACCUGGAGUGUUCUGCUCUGACCCAGCGAGGCCUGAAGACAGUAUUUGAUGAGGCCAUCCGAGCCGUCCUCUGUCCUCCACCUGUGAAGAAGAGGGGGAAAAGAUGCACCAUGUUCUGAGGAAGACACACUGCUACAGCACCACCACCACCAUCAUCAUCCUCAUCCUUUUUUUGACAGACAGAGCUGCUGACAGCCAGUGAUGUUCAUUGUCUCCUGUAGUGUUUUGUAUUUUUCAGGAACCAUCCUGGUUCUUUCACCGUCCCUGAGGGAAAUGGUCGGUUCUCUGAUUGUCCAUCUGCUCAGAGAGGAAGACUGCAGCUUCUAGAAGCUCAUCUCUAUUCUGCCCUCAUGCUUAACGAAGGCCGUGAAGGUCGAUUGUUGAAGUAUUCAGUUCUCCUCAGCUCCUCUCUGACAUCACAGGUUCCUCCUCAGGACCUCCAGGUGCUGCUAGUUAGCUUCUUCUCUGCUCCACAUGGACAUCAUGUGCUUCAUGGACCAUCAGGCAGAUGAUUACUGAGCGUUUCGCUUAGAUAUGCAGCUUAGAUCCGUCCACCGUUAAACUCCUUGCAGGAACCUGAUCUCAGAAAAGAGUCUGAGGGAAACUUCAGGAGAUGAGAGACCAUCAGGUUUCUGCUUCUUCCACUCUGAGCGAUCCGUGUUUGGGUCAGAGGAUCUAGGCUCCUUUGGAAUACCAACCAUCACUGGGUCUGUCCUGGUCCAGGACUCAUCCAGGGACUUGUUUGGUCCAUUUCCCUUCUCAGUGGACGAGUGUCAGACAAGAUCUGCCUUCAGAGAGGGAGGAGCUGCAUCAUCAUCAUCAUCACCAUCAUCACUUCUACUGGGGGGGGGUCACAGGCUUGUAAAUAGAAGCUGGUUCUCGUGUGUCAAAAGGCUGGUGUCGUCUCCGGAGGACGACCACAGGUGAUGUUAUUGUUUGAAGACAAGAUUUUAGUGUCCAGUUUUUGGUACUGGUUCAUAUUGUAGUGAUUCACAGGACAGAGACAGACAGGGGGACAGAGAGACAAGGGGGACAGAGAGAGACGGGGGGACA